AUGGGGCGCGGGGAACAAGACGGCUCCGGCGUGAAGGUCGUGAGCAGAGAAGAGCUGGCUGAGGAAAAUCGAGUUCCGGCUGGGGGCAACGGAGUAGCCCGCGUCCUCCGACCGAGCCUGGCAGAGGAUGAGAGGCUGGAAGCAGCACUGCAACAGCUCCUCCUGGAGUUGGCAGAAGCGGCCGACGCGGAGCGGCCUGUGCUCCUGAAGUCGGAGCUGGUGCAGGCCGCGGUGCAGGCGAUGAUCCUGUUGCUGGAUCCACACCUCGGAGCAGCACAGGUGAGCCACAAGGGUCUGGCGCGCUUCCUACGGGCAGUCUUUGCGCCAUCAGACCUCUUCCAGUGA